AUGGCCAGGCAAGCAGACCGACGCAUCAAUCUCGCCGUUGCCCGCGCCAUUCCCGGGGUCCUUUUCGGAAUAAUCAUCUACUCUUGCUAUGCGAUUACCAAGCCGCUAUGCAUCGACUACCUGAUCAACCCCUUGCCGAAGUAUGACCGUCCCAGCCGCAUUGGCGCCGCCGCACCUAUACUCGUCGUAUUCUAUAUCCUUCUGCUAUUCGUGAUCAUAACCUACCUCCGAUUACUGGACAACGUCGUCUGGAACCCCGAUCUGCUCCCCAGGUCAGCAGUCGCUGAUCAACAAUCUACGCAUUCACGGCAGUCGCAGGACCGCUCCCGGAGGAAGAGAAAGGGGCAUCGGCAUCGGAAAUCGAAGGGUGACGAGCUGUCGGAUAAGCCUACUGGCGAUGUCGAAAGGGCAUUAGAUUAUAAUGCGGGGCCGAUAAUGCUUCCGUGGGAUACAGCUGGAUUGGAGUACUUCUACAAGAAGGACGUCUUUACCGGCGAUGUUAACCCCCAUUGGACUAUCGGCCUUGGUUUGAGUGGCUUCUUUGGCAUAUUUACUGUUGGAAUGACUCUCAGCUCUCUACAACUGGCCGCAUUUAAUCUGACAACAAUCGAAAACCUCAAUCGGCGGUCCGCUGUGUGGUCAUUAGCUAUCCGCGUUCCGAGCCAUCUGCUCCGGUCACGCUGGGCUCCAACCUUUCGCACUAUCACCUAUCCACUACCACCCGUGCCACCAAUACCACCUCCAAUGCCCACGCAGUCUGCGCCGGGAGAAGGCAAUCAACCUCCUCAACAUGCACCACCACCACCUCCUCCUCCUCCUCCUCCAGCCGACCCAUCAGAACAACAUGUCUUUGCCAUCCUCCAAACCCUCCCCGGCGAGAACCCUUUCGCCCUCGGCAGUCCGCUCAAGAAUCUGCAACAGAUUCUCGGUCAUUCUAUUAUUGAUUGGCUCCUCCCCAUCAAGCGCAGCCCGUGCGUUGACCACAGCAAUGCGGAGAGUGAGUUCGCCAUGGGGCCGGUGGUUACCCGGUUGAAGAAGGAGGCCGGGCUAGAACCUACAAUCAAUACUCAGAACAAUGAUGAUACCUCCGCGGACGAGCCCACAAAUGACCAGCCAAAACGCAAACGAAGACGAGGGAAGCAUCAUCAUCACCACCACCAUCAGUAUCCACCAAUGGCCGAAACGACCUGA